UUAAAAUGGAGUGCGAGAGUGAUUCAGAUUUCGUAUAAUUGCCAUUACGACAAAUUUAUGUACGUGGCGAAAGAAAUAAUCGGGUUGCAACUGAACUGUGUACGCGUCGAAAGAGCACUAACUGUAACAAGGGCGGCAAAAGAUGAUUCCAGUCCCAGGCCCUGCUCGUUAAAUCUACACAGACAAGUCCAUGAGAAGAACAUGAAACGAUGACCAAAGCAGAAACUUCCACCUCCACAAAACCACAGAAGAAAAUCCCAAAGAAGGCAGCGAAAUGCUCUUCUUUAGCACCGAAUAAACGCAGCAAGGCAGAGAAGCGGCAGGCCCGCUUCAUUGGGCGGCCCAAUGCCGCCGUUUCAGAGCGCAUAAAGCGCGCAUUGGAGCAGCGUCUGUACCUCAUCGAUAAAAAAACCUUGGAAGUGGGCGGUUCUUCAGCCUGCGAGUUGUUUGUGCUGGGCGCCACAGGGAAUGUGUACUGCGUGAGACUCGACCUCCGGCCCUCCUGCACCUGCCCUGACUUCCUCAAAGGCAAUACCUGCAAGCACAUACUCUUCGUCAUGCUGCGCGUCUUCAAGCUGCCGCCUAACGAUCCCCGUAUCUGGCAGAAGGCCCUAAUCCCGUCUGAAUUGGAUGACCUCCUUCACAGUUCCUCUGUCGACGAUGCUGUUCUAGCCAGUCACCUUGUGCGCUCCAGGUUCCACCAGGUCACGGGUUCGACUCCCCGGGCUCCGCAGAGGGACUUGGAGGGGGAUUGCCCUGUUUGCUAUGAGUCGCUUGCCGGGUGCAGUGAGCCUGUUGUGUUCUGUAAUGUUUGCGGGAAUAGUGUGCACAAGGACUGUUUUGUCAAGUGGAGUAAAAGUAAGCGCCCCGGGGCUGUGACUUGUAUUUACUGCAGGGCUCCCUGGCAGGAGACGGGUAAAAGCCAUAAGGGAUAUGUGAAUUUGGCAGCUUAUUCGGAUUAACACAGGCCCCAAGAGUUCACUUUGGAGACACUGCACGGAUGAUGUUUGAGGAAUGAAUUCUCAAUUCUGUGUUUCAGUGCACUUCAUGGGACUACUCUGUUAGUGUUCCAAAUUUUGUAAGUUUCUUCGAUGUAAAUUCCAAGCUUCUGUUAGUUGUUUGUGUUUAUUCUCUACA